UGGACGAAAAGCUGAUGGCGCAGUCAUCGAUGGCAAUGUUGCUGAUAGUUGCGGCCCACAUUCGAAUUUCUUGGAGUUCUUGCCUUCAGGAGGCUAUACCCCUCGAGCGGCGCAAGAAUUUGAUCCGAAAUGGGACUAGCCAGCCUUUAGGCAUAUGGAACGUUUAUGGUCAGAAGUUUCAAGUUGAUACUCCCGUUGCGGUCUUCCAAAUCUUGGUGGAAGAAGUGCUUGGCUACAAUGUCUUUGUAGAUUCACGAGGCACUGGCAACAUGGCACAUGCGUUUUAUGCGCUGGCUGGGUGUGAACAGCCCGAAAAUGCACAAAAUCAGAGUUGCACCGGAAGACCAACCAAACACCAUGUCUCUAUGGCCUUACAUCUCAGUAACAAUAUCUCUGCACGGCAUUUCGACAAGGUGCAAAGGAUGAAGAUGGGUGGAAUGUUGGAAGAUCUGGGGAGCGUGGGCUUUGUAAGUCAAAGUGGGAUCCAAAUCAGCAGCUCGACCUUGCAAAGAGGUCGUGAAUCUUCAGACCCGCUUUUCUUGGAUGAUUUUCGGAGCUACGACUCAAGAUUCCACAGUCCUGAACGAUUCUUUCAAGAUUUCCGUGACAUUGACAAGAACUUGCUACUUCCUUGCAGGGCCUGGGACACGGAUCCUGAGAUGCCAUUCUACUUCAAUGCUACUGGAGAUGCUGAAGGUUUCAACGUGAAUUUCAGCCGGGCUGAAUGCUUCGGGGGCGGAGACGGCAGAUGGUGGUUGGCCCCAAGUUGCCGAUCAAAUCGCCGAUGCCUUCCUUGCAUCACAGGCAGUAGUGAUGGCAAGUGGGCAAUCUAUCCAGUGGAAAUUAUGCAGAAGGCAGCCAUUUGGCGCAUGCCCCUGGCACUGGGAGUGGCUCACUACAACGGAUCUUCGGCUUUCAAAGAGUUGGUGAUGACGUACAGAGAUGUUCUCUUCAUGUUCUGGGCGCCAUCCGUGGAAUUCAUUGAGAUCUCCCCAGUGUUCGUGCGCUUUCCCAAUUUCAACUUCACACAGUGGUAUAAUGGAAUCAUGGCUUCCACCAGGCAGGGAGAGUAUCCCAGACAUGUCGUAAGCAACGAACUGAUGGCAAUGGCGCCAGAUGCGCGGGUCAUGCUUCAACGAAUGAAGCUGUCUUCGGAGGAUCUGAAUCGAAUGAUGCUUCGGAGCUAUUCGCUCUAUGCCAUGGACCCUUGCUUCAGCUGUGCGGCCUGGAACGGGGCCUGCGCCUGGUUAGAGAACAACCGAAACGUUUGGAUGCCUUGGAUUCCACAGAAGACAGCUUGUUUCGCCGGACAAGGGAUGUAUGAUGAAGAAAAGGGAGAAUUCGUGUCAUCGCGUAGCAAUUCCGUGACCUGUCGUGCUUGCUCUCCGGGCCGUUUCUCCUCGUUGGUUGUGGACAAGGAUGGGGACACAGCAGAGUGUCGACUGUGCCCAAUGGGCUCUGCGCAAGCGUCAAUGUCGGCUGUGAAGUGUGAUAUGUGCUCUGUGGGCACCUAUGCUUCGGAAGAAGGAAAGACAGAAUGCCACCGUUGUCAGAGAGGCAAAUAUCAAGAAAACACGAAUUCGUUUUUUUGCAGCAGCUGUCCAACUGGGAUGACCACUUGGAUGUUGGGCGCUGAUUGGGCUGGAGAAUGCCGAUGUCAAGAGGGUUGGUAUUGGAUCAACGGCACUUUCAACUGCUCAAUAUGUCCGAUGGGAAUGAGCUGUCCAGGUGAUCAUGCACGUCCACUACAGGAUGCAGGAUUUUGGGUGGAACCGACUAUCCGUUCGGUUGACAUUUGGGGAACUGGGCACUGGCAGGAACUCUGGGGUGGACCGUUUUCAGUCUUCCAGUGCCGCGACGCCUUGCAAUGCCCUGGUGGGGCCGUGGGAUUAUGUGCCACUGGCCGAGAGGGUCGUGCAUGCGGCAGCUGUAUCACCGGCUUUGCAGCCCAAUUUGAUGGGACAUGUGCCAAGUGUGGAGGACAGUCAUUGUGGCCCAUUAUUGUGGUGCUUCUGGUCGUCGUCGGAGCUUUGCCGUUGGCUUUAGCGGCUGGCAUUUUCAUGACGAGAGCACGACGAGCUGCCCUAAGCAUUUUUAUGGUGAGCAUCAUCUUCGGACAAGUUGUCGUUUGUUUGCAAGCUUUGGAUGCCAUCUAUCAGAUGGACAUCACAUGGCUCGACCCUGCCAAAGCCAUUCUUCAAUCCUUAGCAAUUUUUAGUUUCGAUUUAGAUUUUUCCUGUGUUCUACCACCUCAAGACUUUGUGUUGGAAUAUGUGGUUCAGCUCACAGCCUAUCCAGUGGUGGUUCUGGUCACGCUUUUGAUUUGGUUGUCAAUGCGUUGGUCUCGCACACCCGUGAGCUUCACUGCUUUUGUGAACGUGCAUGGGCUUCUACUUGUUGCCUUGUUGACAGCCAUGACACUCGCCAUUGUUCGGCCCUUGCAAUGCAGGAACAACCCCAACCGGCUCUUCACAAUUGCUUCGAGACCAAACAUCAUAUGUUGGAAAAGUCAAGAGCACCAGACGUUAGUGGUUCUUGCUGCAGCUGGACUAGUAGCGUAUCCAGUGACAAUUCUCGCAGCAAUCACCUACCUCACAAGAAAAUAUCCCAUCUGGCUACGCUCAGGAGGUGGAAUUGAGGUGAUGGAACGAUACAGAUUUCUUUUUGCUCGCUUCCGUCCUGAACGAUACUAUUAUGGACUCAUACUUUGUACACACAAUCUCACCGUCGGAAUUAUUCCCGCUGCAUUGGUGUCUUUUCCUGCAUUGCAAGUUGGAAUCAUGGGCAUUGUGAUCUGUUUGAAACUCAUUGUUCAAAUUCUAUUGUGGCCAUGGAGACUUGACAUUGCAAAUUACAACGACUUGGCCUUAUCUGCAGGUUUGUUGAUUUUGCUUCUCUUGGCAUCGCCUUUGUUGAACAUCGAUCGAGCAGAAACAUUGACAUUUGUGGCAAUUUUGGUGUCGAUUGUGAUGAUUGUCUUACCUGUGGUGGCCAUGUUUGCAGCCCUUGCCGUGGUGAUGGCAAGACUUCGACCACAAAGCAAAUAUGCAGCGUUUCUGUGUCAUCAUAAAGCAGGAGCUGGUGCCCUGUGUCGUUUCUUCAAGUUGGUUGCAAAGAAAUAUGUGAAGAUGAACAUUUUCUUGGAUUCAGAUGAACUUGAUGACCUUGCCCGGAUUUUCGAUGUGGUGCGUGCAGACACCAAGUGCCUUGUGGUCGUUCUGACGGCCGAACUGCUGAAUAGAAUGUGGUGCGCUCUGGAAAUAGCUUCUGCCCACAAGCACCAGGUGCCUAUAAUCCCGCUGUACUGCGACGACUACGCGUUUCCUGACCACGACAGCAUCGAUGUCAUCGAGUCCGUGUGGACCGAAGAGCAGCGCUCCACCUUGAUCUCUUUCGGCACCUCCAUGGACGACAUCAAGGAAGCAUACAAAGCUGCAUCAAAGCUGAGAGCAGUGAAGCUGAAACGGCGCUGGUCUUUGGAAGCUCAAGAAGAUGCAGUUUUGAAGGUGCUAAGUGUUCUCUAUGACCGACAAAUUGCAGAAGUUGCUCCUGCUCCAGCGCCAAGAAGUGCAAACGUCUUGGUUUGCGUUGCUGAGCAAAAUGAAGCUAUUUCUGGUGGCUUCAUCUUGCAGCAGAUGGUCCAAAGGUAUUUGCAGUCGGUCACCUUUCUGGUCCGGAGCCCAUCACAACUCGAGCAAACCAAAGCCAUGUUUGCAUUGGUGAUUUUAAGCAAAGGGAUUUUGGAAGAUGCCAGCUUUGCCCAAACUCUCUUGGCAAUUCGAAAAGCAGAGAUUUCUGUGGUCACCACCAAUGAUGGCAGCUUCGAAUUCCCAUCAAUGGAAUUCUACACUCAGGUGGAAGAGGGAAACCUCGUGAUUCCGGGCAUUUGCUCAAAUAUGGGUCCAGCCAUUGCACGUGCUUACCAGGCCUUGCUGAGCAUCUUGGCGCUGCCGAUCACGCCUCAUGCUUCCAUGAGCAUUCUGGAGAGGCAAGUCCACCAAAUCUGCCAACGCUUUGGCACCUGGGAAGACAUGGAAGAGAGGAAGAUGUCAAAAGUCAGCCGGGUCCCUAGCGAUUCGGACAAGAGGCUCCACGAUGAAAUCGAACGCACAGCCCAGGACCCUGGCCAAGAAGCAUCGGAGCUUCGUGAAGGUCGUGAAGCCAUCAAAACGUCGGAACAUUUUGAGACGUGAAGUCAGUGGACCUUGCCAGCUCAUAUUUCUCACACCUUAUUCUCUCCGACUCCUACUUGCGUGGAAAA